AGAUAAUUGGAUCUGGACUUUGGAGUUUACAUAAAACAGAGGGCCGUUUUCGUUCAUUGAGAAUAUCAAAGAGCCCAUACGACGGACUGGCCCAAACCAAGGGCAUAUAAGAAAGGAAGAGGAAGGGGAGGAUUCUUCCUCAUCCUUAUUAGGUACGCAGAAAAGAGAGCCACAGUCAGGGAAGAGAAUGGCAGGGAUUGGACCACUUUCACAGGAUUGGGAGCCCGUGGUGAUCCGGAAGAAGGCACCUACAGCGGCGGCGAAGAAGGAUGAGAAAGCUGUCAACGCCGCUCGUCGAUCCGGCGCCGAUAUUGAAACCGUAAAAAAAUUUAAUGCUGCGACAAAUAAAGCUGCCUCCAGCAGCACUUCUUUGAACACAAGGAAGCUUGAUGAAGAAACUGAGAAUCUUCAUCAUGAACGGGUACCAACUGAAUUAAAGAAAGCCAUCAUGCAGGCUCGGAUGGACAAAAAGCUUACCCAGGCUCAACUAGCUCAGAUGAUAAAUGAGAAGCCUCAAAUUAUUCAGGAGUAUGAAUCAGGUAAAGCCAUUCCAAAUCAACAAAUAUUAGGUAAACUGGAGAGAGCUCUUGGUGCAAAACUGCGUGGAAAGAAAUGAAGUAGUAUAAAGGAUAGAAUGGCAUUGAAUGUCAGCUGUGUCCAAGUCUUUCAACUGGCGUUGUAUAUGAACUUUCUCCUGUUGUCAUGACUUCUGUGCAUCAUGUGUUAUGUCAUGCUGGUGUGUUUUGUUAUCUAAGGCCUAAAAUAAGGUUAUGUUUGCUUAAGUUUAUUUCCUUGAAACAUGUCUGCUUAAGUGAUCCCGAAACAUGGUUGUUUCAUUGUUCUAUAUUUGAAUCGGACCAAUCUAAUGUUUUAUUA